CACACUGUCUCCCCCGGCCCGGUAACCGGGGGAGUGACGGCGCCGGCGAGGCCCGAGGCAGGUAUCUUGAGGACAUCAUGAAUUGGAAUAAAGGCGGACCUGGUACUAAGAGAGGCUUUGGUUUUGGUGGAUUUGCCAUAACACCUGGAAAGAAGGAGGAACCGAAGCUCUCUCAGCAGUCUCACAGUGCUUUUGGAACAGCUGGUUCUUCUGCUGCAUUCUCAAAAUCCGGACCUCCACAGCUGCCUUCUUUUUAUAAAAUUGGGUCAAAGCGAGCAAAUUUUGAUGAAGAGAAUGCAUACUUUGAGGAUGAAGAGGAAGAGAACAGCAAUGUUGACCUGCCGUAUAUUCCUGCAGAAAAUUCCCCCACUCGCCAUCAGCUUCAUUCCAAAUCCGCAGACUCUGACAGYGAUGAUGAUCCUCUGGAGGCAUUCAUGGCUGAAGUGGAGGAUCAAGCUGCUCGAGACAUGAAGAGACUUGAAGAUAAAGACAAGGAGAAAAAGAGUGCAAAGGGUAUUCGAGAUGACAUUGAAGAGGAAGAUGACCAAGAAGCUUAUUUUCGCUACAUGGCCGAAAAUCCCACCGCUGGUGUGGUACAAGAAGAGGAGGAGGAUAACCUUGAGUAUGACAGUGAUGGGAAUCCAAUUGCACCAUCCAAAAAAAUCAUUGAUCCUCUUCCACCUAUUGACCAUUCAGAGAUUGAAUAUCCACCGUUUGAGAAAAAUUUCUAUGAUGAGCAUGAAGAAAUCACCAGUCUCACCCCACAGCAAGUGGUAGAGUUGCGUCAUAAACUAAAUCUGCGGGUCUCUGGUGCUGCUCCUCCACGGCCUGGUAGCAGUUUUGCUCAUUUUGGUUUUGAUGAGCAACUUAUGCAUCAAAUUAGGAAAUCUGAGUAUACCCAGCCCACUCCUAUACAAUGUCAGGGUGUUCCAGUUGCACUGAGCGGCAGAGAUAUGAUUGGAAUAGCUAAGACUGGAAGUGGAAAAACAGCAGCCUUCAUUUGGCCGAUGCUGAUUCACAUCAUGGAUCAAAAGGAGCUUGAACCGGGAGAUGGUCCGAUUGCUGUGAUCGUAUGUCCGACCAGAGAGCUUUGCCAACAGAUACAUUCUGAAUGUAAACGUUUUGGGAAAGCGUAUAAUCUACGCUCUGUAGCUGUGUAUGGAGGAGGAAGCAUGUGGGAGCAAGCCAAAGCCCUCCAGGAGGGGGCAGAAAUAGUUGUCUGCACACCAGGUCGUUUGAUUGAUCAUGUGAAAAAGAAAGCUACGAACCUUCAGAGAGUCACUUACCUUGUAUUUGAUGAAGCAGACAGAAUGUUUGAUAUGGGUUUUGAAUAUCAGGUCAGAUCAAUUGCAAGCCACGUACGUCCAGACAGACAGACCCUCUUGUUCAGUGCCACUUUUCGUAAGAAGAUUGAGAAAUUGGCCCGUGAUAUUCUCAUUGAUCCAAUUCGAGUCGUGCAGGGAGACAUUGGAGAGGCAAAUGAAGAUGUUACUCAAAUUGUGGAGAUUUUCCCCUCUGGCCCUAGCAAAUGGAACUGGCUGACUCGGCGCCUUGUGGAGUUCACGUCUUCUGGGAGUGUUCUCCUCUUUGUCACCAAGAAGGCAAAUGCAGAAGAGCUGGCCAAUAACCUCAAGCAGGAGGAUCAUAAUCUGGGGCUGCUUCAUGGUGACAUGGAUCAGAGUGAGAGGAAUAAAGUCAUCUCAGAAUUUAAGAAGAAGGGGAUCCCAAUACUGGUAGCAACUGAUGUGGCAGCUCGUGGAUUGGACAUUCCUUCCAUUAAGACCGUGAUCAACUACGAUGUGGCCCGGGACAUAGACACGCACACUCACAGGAUCGGUCGCACUGGCAGAGCAGGCGAGAAGGGAGUAGCCUACACACUGUUGACUCCAAAAGACAGUAACUUUGCUGGUGAUCUUGUCAGAAAUUUGGAAGGAGCUAAUCAACACGUUUCCAAAGAGCUGUUGGAUCUUGCAAUGCAGAACCCAUGGUUCCGGAAAUCCCGUUUCAAAGGAGGAAAAGGCAAGAAGCUGAAUAUUGGGGGAGGUGGCUUAGGAUACCGUGAACGUCCUGGUCUGGGAUCAGAAAGUUCUGACCGUGGAAACAACAGCAGUGUGAUGAGUAACUAUGAGGCCUACAAGCCAUCCUCAGGGGCGAUGGGAGACAGACUUACAGCAAUGAAAGCAGCUUUUCAGUCCCAAUAUAAGAGCCACUUCGUUGCUGCAAGCCUUAACAACCAAAAGACGGGUAGCUCGGCCGCUGGCGCUAGCGGCUGGACCAGCGCCGGGAGCUUGAAUUCGGUCCCGACGAGUUCAGCGCAGCAAAGUGCUGCCAACGCCGAGGGCUCCAUCGCAGCUGCAGCCAAAGGUGUGCCAGGCUUCACCAGCUCUGGGAAUCUGAGCAGYGUUCCCACCUUCCCAAGCGUUGGAAUACAGGGCUUCAACAGCGCAAAUGCCAGCAGCAACAGUCGGGAAGGCAUCAAUGGUGGCGGUGGUGGUGGUGGCAGGGAACGAUGCAAUGACAACCGGAAUAAUCGCCACAACGAUGUUCAGCGCCGUGCGGAGGAAGGUCCUGGGCGCUACAACGAUGCUCAGCGCCAGGGAGAGGGGGGCGGUCGCCAUGCAGAUGGCUACCGCCACGGUGACAGCCGGCACGGGGACAGCCAUCGCCACAGUGAAAACCGGCACCUUCCGGAUCCAAGUGGUGGCAAUCGCAAUAACGGUGAGAGCAGGAAUAGCAAUGAAGAGAGGAACAACGAGAACAGGAACGGGGAGAACAGGAAGGAAGGCAGCAGCCGAGACAACAAGACAGAUGGUUUUGCUGUCCCCGAGCCCCCAAAGCGCAAGAAGAGCCGAUGGGACAGUUAAAAGCUGGUGCUUGGCAGCCUGGAAUCCCUGCAGGUAGUGAUAUUGUUUUCCAGAGGAUUUCUUGGUCUUUGGGGUGACUGGUUUUUGAGCAGCUGAGGGAGGAGAAAACCGUGCAAACUCCCCAUGUAAAGGCCGGUACAUCUGCGGGCAGCUCCACUCUAAUGACGUGUACAUGCAACGCCUAGUCAAAGAGGAAUCACUUUGAUAAAACUCCCCGGAUUCUGCUUUCCAGCAUUCACUGCUCAAGGAUUCUGUGCUGGAUUUAAACAGGACUUGUUGGCAUGAAAGAGACUGUUGGUUUCACAUCUGUGGGACACUGAGAAACUGUUGUCCAUGCAAGUUUAAAGUUGUCUUUUUCUUAAUCAGCGUGCACAUUUAAAAACCUGUCCAUUUAGAGGUGCUCAGGACCCACCUGUUAAACAUUAACCUUCCGGCAAUUUGUUCAGUACAGUGAAUUCUUCUGCAAUCUAUUCUCUCCAUGUAUUCUCUCAUUCCCAAAUACUUUGGUCUCCAGGUUACUCCCUAUGUCUCUCCCCAUUCAAUUAAGAAUAGAUAAAUUUGUGUUGCUGCAGGUGGGAUAGAGCAAGCUGAUUUUUUCUUUCCUUUUUAUUUUAUUUUUUACCUGAAGCUGCUCAAACAACCCCCAUCCCAGCUCACCCUGGCGCUGUGUGUAGAGCAGGAUGGAGCCCCUGGCUUGGUGGUGGUCGGUGUGUCGCUCUCAUUGCCCACGUGGCUUUUUCUCCUACAGCCCCUCUUCUCCCCAGAUAACCUUCAUCUUGGUGGAGCCUGCAUAGCAAAUGACUCUGCGGUGCCUAUUCACCCUCUGUUAUGAGAGGGCCAAGUGCUUUCAUCAAAGGAGAAACAAAAAAGGGAAAGAAAAAAUAUUCCCCUCUAGUCAAAGGCUGAUGCCCCCCCGUGAAGCUAAAUGAAGGGACCUGCUGCUGAGAAGCCUGUAGGGAGAACCUGAAAAGUGUUUGAAGUGGAACAGCUCAAAUAUAACCCCGUAUUGGACACAUGUAGUUAAAACUGUAAAAUUUGGCUUGACCAUUUU